UAGUUGACAGUACAAAGGCAAUUUUGAGAUUUGUUUGUGUAAUAAAUAUUGUAAAUUAUGGAGAAUAUACAAGUAAUUACCCAAGAUUUUGUGAACGUGCAUAUCACGAAAUCUGACACUGAUAUCGGAGCCCCAGUCGAGAGGCGUUUCAAAAAAGGAAUAACAGUCUCCGAGUUUAAGACUAAGCUCGAACUUGUUACCGGAGGCAAUGCUACCACAAUGAAACUGAAGUUGUUUGACAGUAAAAACAAUUAUGUGUGUGACAUAGAUAAUGAUAAUGCCCUGCUUGGGUCCUACCCAAUAGACGAUGGAAUGAGGAUACAUGUGGAGGACAAAUUUGUUUUGCUCAGUGAUGUUAGCUCAUCAGAUAGUGCAGAAAGAUUUCGUUUGUCAGAAGAGGAAUAUGAGAAGAAAGGAGACACGGUGCGCUCAUUCCUGCAGCGGAACAGGCUCGGCAAGUACAAUGAGGAGGAGAUGGCUAAAAUGAAGGAGCAGCAGCAGCAGGAAUUGGAGGAGGAAGCCAGGCUGGCAGCAUCGGUGCUUGUAGGCGCGCGUUGCGAAGUGCGCGUGCCAUCGCAGGGCGUGCGGCGGGCGACAGUGCGGUACAACGGGCCGCUAGAGGGCGCUAAAGGAUUGUGGAUCGGCGUGCAGUAUGACGAGCCACGAGGCAAGAAUGACGGCGAGGUGAACGGCAAGCGGUACUUCACAUGCCCUCCGAAAUACGGCGGCUUCGUCAAGCCAGCAUACAUCACGGUCGGCGACUUUCCCGAAGAGCAAUUCGAUCUCGACGAUGAGAUAUGAUCGCGAUAUUCGCGAUCACUGAAAACGCUUGUUCAUUUUAUAAAUUAACGUCAACCUCUGCAUUCGUCAAAUUUAUCUUCGCGAUGUACAGCGAGCUGCAAAAUUACAUAGAUAAAUUAGAAAUGAUUUUUUUCAUAAUGUGUCCAUGUAAUUUCGCAGCUCGCUGUACAGUCAACAGCAAAAGUAGCUAAGCCAUAUGAAAUGUUCAAUAGGCACUGAAUAAUUGCUCUCUUAACUUUAAAGUUGUGUGCGAAAACUGCUUAGCUAUUUAUGCUGCGAACUGUCCACUUAUGUGAUAUAUUUGAUGUUCUAUUUAAUGGUUGCAUUUAUUUUUCCUAUACUUAUAGCUUGCGGGCAAGUUAACUCGCCACUCAUAAGUUUGCAAAACGCAAAUAGACUAAUAGAGUGAGAUUAUUAUUACAUAGUGUACUAAAAUUAUGAUUUUAUAAAAUACAGAAACAAUUUUGUGCUCACUUUAAAGAUACACAGUAAAUUACUUGAUUUAAAAUAUUCUUAAAAUGCGCAUUACACUGUAAAGGAUCUAGCUUCUGUACCUAGUAUGGAUGAAUUUCCGUACAAUUCGGAUCCAAAUUGAAAAUAUGUAUGAACUUGUGAAGAGCAGACUUCGUGCAUUUUAAGAAUGUUUUACUACAUCCAACCAAAUUAAUUUGAUAGAAACCUUUAUAUGUAAUGUAUAGAGGAAAGGACCAUAGCUUGGUUGGAUUACCUAUAUCAUAUCCAUGAUUUUUUAUUACUCGAACAAAUAAAAUUGGUCUCUGCAAAAAAAAGUUCAUUUUUUACGUGUUUGGUCUAUAAGAAUUUUUACUUGCUAAUCAUGUUAAAAAUCCAUUCCACAAGAUCUUUUAAAUUUUACUUGCUUAACAAUAAUUGUAAAUUCGCUUUGUAAUGUUUAAUUUAUGAAGCACUAUUUUUAAAAAUAAAUAAAAAUACUAAAAC